GAUUCAUCUCAAAAUAUCGUCGCAUCUUCGAAAUUCCCCCUAGAACAAGCAAGGGAGGCAGGCCAGCCAAGCUUACCACCCAUGCCCGGCGUCUCCUGGUUCGCACUAUCACCUCUGGAAAGGCAGAUACUGCUCCUGAAGUUAAGAGGGCUCUGGGAUUGA